CUCCCCCGCCGAUGUGAAAGUGAACAUAAUAAAUUUAUUAGCCAACGGAGCUAGCCGUUAGCCGGGUGAAGCUAGCUUAGCUUCGGCUCUCCCCGUAACAGCAGCCUGGCUUCCCGCGUUUGGAUGUUUGUUUUGGCUGCUUCUCGUCCUCCUGCUCCCCCGCCGAGGGAGCGCAACACCGCCGUCACAAGUGCGAGCGAAGCCCGCUGUGUGACGGUGCGGUCAAAGCGGGAGGCAGCCUGGCUGUUGUUGCCGGUGGUGGUGGUGGUGGUGGUGUUGUUGCCCGCUGUAGGUGCGGAUCAAACGGGGCUAAGCUAGCAGACAGCCAGUCUGGAUGGCCGGGUCAUCUGAGGUGACGCUGCCGUCAGCGGCUGCAUGGAAACAUACCGGUUUGAAACAGGUUUUAGACCGGUUUUUGGACAAACUUGCUGCCAGCUUAUAUUCCACAGGAGAUUACCCAGAGUGCUGCUGGCUUGGGGAUUAUCCAGAACACAGAGAGAGAGAGAGAAGGUGGAGCCUCUGGAGAGCCCCUCCCCCUAUUCUGUAGCCCCUCCCCUCUGAGGAAGUGCAGUCUCUUUCUUGUCAUCCAGUCACAGUGGACACACCUGAGCACUGCUGCUGUCUGUGAUGCCCUCCCAUGACGCCCAGGUUGGUAGCUGACAUUUACGGUGAGCGGGAGACGCCACUGCACAGCCGGUCCAGGGCCAGUGUCCUCAGCCGGUUCUCAUCUGCUCUCUUGCAAACUGGAGACUCCCCAGCCACCCCUCAUUCCAUAUCCACAGCCGUCACCUUGGGGCCGCCCCAGUAAGGCCUCCGUCAAAAACCAACACGCUGCCAUCUGCAGGAGCACCAGUCAAACAUCACAAGAUCUUCAACAUAAUCAGCAAUACCAGCAUCAGCCAUCAUGUCCAGUCGUAGGAAAUCGUCCACCCCCUGCAUGGUCCGGGCCAUCAGCAACCCGCCUGAAGAACAAGAUGAUCCGGAGGAGGUGAUGGAUGUCGAAAUGUUAAUGGACAAAGAUAUAACUAAAAGAGAUGUAUCUGAAUCAUCCGAAUCUGCCGAAAACAGUCUAGAACCCCGGCAGGAGAUUUCAGACCAGCCAGCAUUUCCAAAACCAUGGGAAACCCAGAAUCCUGAGCCAUUAGAACAAGAGGAACAGUCAGACAAAGAAGACAAACCCUCUGUUCUUGAAGAUGUGGAAGGCAGAGAGUUGGACAACAACGAUGUGGUGUCCAACUCAGACCUGCCAUCUCAGAAAAAGCAGGUCAGGGGAUAUGAGUGCAAAUACUGCCCGUUUUUGACACAGAAUCUUACUGAUUUCAAGGAACACGUGGAUUCCAGCCACCCUAAUGUCAUUCUCAAUCCGCUGUACCUCUGUGCUGUCUGCAACUUCAACACGAAGAAGUUUGACUCCCUCACAGAGCACAACGAGAGUCUGCACCCGGGCGAGACCAACUUUAAGUUCAAAAGGAUCAAAAUGAACAAUCAGACUAUCUUGGAACAGACAAUCGAAGGCAAGGACAAUUCAGCUGACUGUGUAUCAGCAAAUCAACGGGGUGAAAGCAGCAGCGAUUCUCCGUUUGUAAACUGCAUAUCUACCACACUCAAAACUCCCGACAGUAUUCACUUGCCGUAUCAGGACAGCAAGCUGAAAAGCCACCUGGAUGGGCUGAUCCACAAGGAUCAAAUCACAGCAGUCAACAUAAACGGAACAGUCAUCAUCCCUGAACCCACUAUGCUGCAAGGGCUCUCUCAUGUCACCCCAAUGCUUCAGCGUCCACCUAACUUUAACUCGAUACCAAAAAUCGCAGUUCCCUUGAACACCACCAAAUAUAACCCCUCGCUAGAUGACAACUUGACGCUGAUUACCUCCUUUAAUAAGUUUCCAUAUCCAACACAUGCUGAGCUGUCAUGGCUGACAGCUGCGUCCAAGCACCCCGAAGAACAGAUUAAAGUCUGGUUCACCACCCAGCGGCUGAAACAAGGCAUCACUUGGUCCCCAGAGGAAGUGGAGGAAGCCAGGAAGAAGAUGUUCAAUGGCUCAAUCCCCCCUUCCCAUCAUACAUUCACCACCCUUCCUGCAAGCCCCAUUUCUCAGCCGUCUGCCAAAGUCUUGCAGCAACCUAUUGUCCAUACAACAGUGGAGCAUCUAACUCAAGUCCAAACAAGCCUUUCCAAUGGCUCACGUGUAGUCAACACUUCAAAUUCUCCCGUCACCAUCAGCUCCAGUCACACCCUCAAACGACCCCUGCCAACACACCUUACCAAAGUGUUUGGUCCAGAGUCUAAGCGGCCAAUCAUGGCAGUCGCUCCCCACUCUGGCGACCCUAAGGAUAAGGGCCUCAUGGCUCCUCCUCCACCUCCUCCCCCCCAGAAAGACCGUUUGCCAAUGGCUCCGCCUCCUGUACCAAUGGAGAUGAAGAGACCUGUAGCAGUUCCUCUGGUCAGCACAGAGGUAAAGAGGCCGUCUGCUACUGUGCCUUUAAUGCCACUGACAUCAACAUCUUCACAAUCUUUGCUAUCAAAGGGGAAGUUGCACUCGUCAGUAGGUAACCCUAAAACUAAGCCGGUAGUGUCAAUGCCUUCAAUAGUUUUUCCAGAAUCCUUAACACGACCGAUGAUAGCACCCCCACCUAUUUUUGCUCCAUCAUUUAAAAACACAAUGCUUAUUCCUCGUUCUUCACCCAUCUCUUCCAAAGAAAAGCACCUUAAUGCUCAUUCUUUGCCAGCUACUGAUUUGAAGCUGCCCAAUUCUCCUCCUGUCAUCACCCCCCAGAUAAGGAGGCCAACUAUUAUUCAGUCCCUUCGUGCACCAGCUAAAGCCCCACCCCAGAUUCCAGGGUUCACCUUGGAUAGCAAGCAACUAAAAGAACAGCAAGGAGGGGAACUGAAAGCCAGCUACCCAAGAGAAGACAAGGUACUCUCUCCUCUGUCCGAAGCAAAUGGUACAUCACGUACAGAAGCAAAAUGGUCCCAUUGUCAGACCUCCCCUUCUCAAAAUAACGGAAUCAUGCAUUUGGACAGUGGUGACACACCAGCUGUGCUAAAAUCAGAUUUUCAGCAAAAGUCCUCUGUGCUGACCCAGUUCCCCUUGCUGGAGAGGAUGAAAGGAAAAUCGGCAGAUCAGCUGAAGAUUUUGGAGGAAAACUUUUUACGGAACAGCUUCCCAACACAUAGCGAUAUAGACAAUCUGGCAGCCACCACCCGCCUGUCUCAUCAGGAAAUUGACAGCUGGUUCGUGGAGCGCCGUGCACUGCGCGAUAACCUGGAGCAAGCCUUGCUCAACUCUAUGGGCUCCAAGAGGAUGGGUACCAACAGCAUUCCAGCUGUGACUGACAAUCGCCAGCAGCAGCAUCAAACCCUACAGCUAAACGGGAUUCACAAACCAAGUACUGGUCUGGGCCAUCUUAAAAGCCCUCCUCCAUCUUCACUCAUGCUACCCAUUAUUGCUCCUGGCACAGUUGUACCAUCUGUCUUGAACCCAACUUCCUGCUCAGUGCCUCCAGACAGUCGAUCCCUGACACUCCUCAAGGAUGAUUUUGCUCAAACACGGUGGCCUUCCCCUGAGGAGUUCAGCCAGCUGGAGGGUCAGACAGGCAUGGCACGCUGGUUCACUGACAACCGGUCAGUGCUGCACAGUGGCAGCAUGGAGCUGACAGAACUUCUACAAAAAAGUACUGUGUGUGGAGUGAAUGGUGGGCAGGGGUCACAGGUAUGCUCCCCUGAAAAGGCUUCAAACAGCAUAAAGCGCGGUCAGGACAGCGCUGCAACAAACAACGGCAGCAAUAAGGUGUUAGAGGUGGAACUGGGUUGGCUAAUGGAGCAGCGUGCUUGCAGUCUCAGCAGCAAACAGCACGAGGAGCUCCAAGACCGAUUCACCAGCAGGUUCAGGCAGCAAAACGCAGCCGAGCUGAAGAACGGCGGCCAGAACGGAGGUGUCGGCGUUCUCGGAGGAGCUCGGGACGUGUUCGGGAGCUGGCUGGAGGACGGACACUCUAGGCAGAGACGGGAACUGCUCCUGGACAGAGAGAAGAAGAUGGCGGAGAACACUUCUGGGAGGCUCACUGGAUAAACGGUACGAACAAGAUUUGCUGCUGCUGCUGGAAACAUCUCAGAAAUGGAUGAAGAACAGAGCAAAGCUGAUCGGAAGAAAUAGUUUUUAAUCAGCAGAUUUUUUUUUUUUUUUUUUUUUUUUUUUUUUUUUUUUUUACCUUUUCUGGGGUACUGAUGUGUUUUUUUUUUUUUUUUUUAUCUUUUGAUUGUUGCAUCUCGGCUCACGCACAGCAUCUUUCUCAGUGGCAGUGGAACAAAUGUUGUCAGAGUUCUUGGCCUGAUGUGACCCCUCCACAGAUGUGGCGUUCACUACAAAAGAAACAACUUGGAAUAAGAGGAGUUCUGAGGUGGCAGAUUUUAUUUUCUCAGGGCGUAAACACGCUCUGUGAUUGAAAUCUUACCGAGUGCGAGGAGAAAUUCAGGGUCAUGAUCUGUGAAGAUAAUUGAAAUUUCUCUCGUCACUCGGUGAAACGCAAACUAACGCCUUUUUCCUCCCACAUAUUUCAGCACAGCGAGUUCAACAGAUGAACCAGAACACGUGCCGUGGCUAACGUCAUCAUGCUUAGUGUUUGAAGAUACGGCAGUGUUUUGGUGCUUAAAGUUUAAGGCA